AUGCAGGUUCAGUGCCAGCAGAGCCCAGUGCUGGCAGGCAGCGCCACUUUGGUCGCCCUUGGGGCACUGGUCUUGUACAUCGCGAAGCCCUCUGGCUACGGGAAGCACACGGAGAGCCUGACGCCCGCGGCUACCCGCCUGCCAGCCCGCGCCGCCUGGUUCCUGCAGGAGCUGCCCUCCUUCGCGGUGCCCGCGGGGAUCCUCGCCCGGCAGCCCCUCUCCCUCUUUGGGCCACCUGGGACGGUGCUUCUGGGCCUCUUCUGCGUACAUUACUUCCACAGGACAUUUGUGUACUCACUGCUCAAUCGAGGGAGGCCUUAUCCAGCUAUACUCAUUCUCAGAGGCAUUGCCUUCUGCACUGGAAAUGGAGUCCUUCAAGGCUACUAUCUGAUUUACUGUGCUGAAUACCCUGAUGGGUGGUACACAGACAUACGGUUUAGCUUGGGUGUCUUCUUAUUUAUUUUGGGAAUGGGAAUCAACAUUCAUAGUGACUAUAUAUUGCGCCAGCUCAGGAAGCCUGGAGAAAUCAGCUACAGGAUUCCACAAGGUGGCUUGUUUACGUAUGUUUCUGGAGCCAAUUUCCUCGGUGAGAUCAUUGAAUGGAUCGGCUAUGCCCUGGCCACUUGGUCCCUCCCAGCAAUUGCAUUUGCAUUUUUCUCACUUUGUUUCCUUGGGCUGCGAGCUUUUCACCACCACAGGUUCUACCUCAAGAUGUUUGAGGACUACCCCAAAUCUCGGAAAGCCCUUAUUCCAUUCAUCUUUUAAAGAAACCAAAUUAAAAAGGAGCAGAGCUCCCACAAUGCUGAUGAAAACUGUCAAGCUGCUGAAACUAGUUUUCAUAAUAGUCCUUCAUAUACAUGUAUGUAUGUGUGUAUAUACAAUAGUAGGUCUCCUGGUGUUCUGCCAGCUGGCCUGGGGAUUCUGA